AUGUCAAUCACCGUUGCAAUGAAUAACAAUGAUAAUGAUGACAAUAUUGAAUAUGGUCAAGCUCCAGCGUUGCCUAUUAGUGAAGAAUAUGGAAGUGAGGUAACAGCGUAUCUUUUAUCAGUCAGAGAAGAAGCACAGAUUGGUCCUCCUGUUGUUUUUGUUCCGAACCGUGAAGAUGCACCUGAGCAGACUUCAUUAACAAUACCUGUACUACCACAACAAGAGCCAUCCAAUUGGUCAAAGAAACUACUACUGGAAUUUAUAUCAAUUAAAAAUCAGUUAAGAAAUGUCCGUCAUGUCUCGAGAAACUCUUAUAUACCAGGAACAACUUCAGAAUGGAGAAAAUUUUUACUUGAAGAACCUCCUGAUAUUGGAUACUUUUAUAUGGUUCUUGACAGGCAAGCAGUAUUUAAAUUAAUAGUAUAUAUCACUAGAUGGUUGAGUGUAAGUUCAAGACCUACAUUGUCACAAUGGAUCUGGAAAUUAUUCCUAAGAAUUGACAAUACAUUAGAUGCCAAUGAGUGUUCAACAAUUCGAGAUUUGGGUAAGAAAGCAAGCAAAAUUAAAUUGAGACAAAUAGAACUCGACAAUGAAGCAGAUGCUAUUUCUAAAUAUACUGUUGAUUUGGUAUUAGUUAUAGUGGGUAGAUAUUAUGGUCAACUGGAUUUACUCCAGGUCGUGUAG